AUGUCAGCAGAUGAUACCGAGGGAGCCGUAGGCUGGGUUAAAGCUGACACCAAAGCUAUUCAAGCUAUUCACGACCACGUCAUUACACAUAAUCCUCGAAUAUCGGUUAGUUAUAACGAUUACACAACAUGGAAUUUGCAUAUCAAAAAUGUCCAGGAAGAAGAUAGGGGUCAAUAUAUGUGCCAGAUAAACACGGAUCCUAUGAAGAGUCAGGUGGGCUUACUAGAUGUGUCUGUACCACCAGAUUUUACCGAAGAAACCUCGGGGGACCUUUUAGUACCUGAAGGAGGUACUGUAAAACUAAACUGUAAGGCUAGAGGUCACCCAGAACCAUACGUGCAAUGGCGUCGAGAGGAUGGAAAUGAUUUAGUUAUUAGAGAGCCUAGUGGAACAACCACAAAAGUGGCAGUGUAUCAAGGUGCAAUGCUUCAACUUUAUAAGAUAUCUAGAACCGAAAUGGGAGCAUAUAUGUGUAUAGCUACAAAUGGAGUACCCCCAACUGUUAGUAAAAGAGUAAUGGUAAAUGUACACUUUCAUCCAGUCAUCCAUGUACCAAAUCAAUUAGUAGGGGCUCCACUUGGUACUGAUGUUACAUUGGAAUGCUUUGUUGAAGCCUUUCCGAAAUCUAUUAAUUAUUGGGUACGGGAUACUGGUGAAAUGGUAAUAUCUAGUACAAAAUUUGUUGUUCAAACCAUUAAUAGGUCAGACUUCGAAGUUAAAAUGAUGGUUACCAUUCAAAACUUUCAAAAAGAAGAUGUAGGCUCCUACAGAUGUAUAGCCAAAAAUUCCUUAGGAGAGGUAGAAAGCAACAUACGGUUAUACGAAAUUCCUGGGCCGACAAGAUCGUCCUAUACAGUUUCUCUAGAUGAAGAGGACUACAAUGAUCAAGUGGGUUCAGCAGAAAGAGCAGAUCAAUAUGACGAUAUUUCAAGUAAUUCUUUAGAUAAACAUAGGUUCUCUACAAUAGAACCCAAUGGUCGAAAAAAUAUUCAACCUCCUGAGCGUAGCAAUCAUGUAGACAGCGUGGACAUCAAGAGUAGUAAUAGUAGUAUUAAAUUACAAAGCUUAAGACUUUUCCUUGUAGUGAUCUUUUUUGAUUUCUUCAAAUUAUUUUAAACUAGCUCCUAGCUUUUUUGACAAUAACAUAAUGAGAUUUAUCAAAAAUGUUUAUAUACUGCAUAACGCAUAAUAUAAAGCAGCUUCUAGAGUAUGCAUCUUAACGUAUACAUUAAGAUAUUUUAUAUUUCGAAAUAUUAAUACUUUUUCGCAACCAUUAUGUUUUUAUUAGGAUUUGAUAAACCAUAACUGAAUUGAAAUUAAGCAGUUUAAUUAACAAUCUUAUAAAAUAAUAUGUUAAGGCAAAAAUGUAUUGUACUAUAAAAUCAUUUAGUUUAUAUAAUAAUAUAUUUAUGCGUGGUUUAUUUAAUCAGCGUAUU